ACGGCAUAUAGUUCGCACUAUCACCAUCGUUCGUCCUUACCUGUCUAGGUGCUACCGACCUAGCAUGUCCUCGCAUGAUUUACUCGCGGACCUUUCUUUGUCCCCAACAUGCCACGCCUAGAUUCUUCCAGCUGCUUCUCGGGUUGCAAGUCGGGUUCUGUUGCGGAGACACCAAAGAAAGAAAAAUCCCAACAGCUGGCAUGUGACAGAUGUCGAGGUCAGAAGCUCCGAUGCAUACGGAGCUCGAAUUCCAAGGCCCCUUGCGAAAGGUGCCAGAAAGCCGGUGCAACAUGUAUCAUCGAUACCGGGGUACGGAUGGGUAGACCGAGACGGGCAGACAAGGAGCAGUCCCGAGAGAGCAGCGACAGUGCUCACAACCCAUCCCAACCCACGCGAUCAUCACCUCUUCCCAACGCUUUAUCUCAAACAAGAACCGCUGUCGACUUUACCAUGGACAGCGACGCUUGGCUGGUACAUGAUCUCGACGAUACUCCGAUUGACCCAACGUUACAAAGUGUCACGGUCCAAUAUCUGGACCCUUUCGACUUUGCACUCGCUGGGGAUGCCACGCUCGAAGCCGAUUCGAUGAACCUACCGACCGAACAUUUCCUCCUUUCAACUAUGGAUCAUUCCGCGGACCAGUCUAUCUCAGCUCUCACCGAAGCCGAAAGAGCUGCAAUCGAUUCUACCGAGCCACUUAACGGCCACAGCUGCUUUUCGUCAAUGCGCCAAGAGACGAUGCAAGAGCUGUCGGACUUGAACAUGCAGUUGUCCCGACAAUUGGGCGCAGCAACCGGAUCUGCUAACACCCAUGCAAGUUUGGGUUUGACAGCUUUGGCUACACCACCGGCGGAGAACCGUACUCUCUGCGACACUGUCGUCUUUAUGAUGCAAAGCCUUCAUACCUACCACAGGCUGCUCGUCGACAUCGUCGGACCCAAUCACUCGGCUAUCUACGACUCAAAUAACAACCGCCAGUCUAGCGUUGUAACUAGCAGCUGGCUGAGCCCAAUCGAGGGGGUGGAGAUUGACGAAUCAGGAGGUCGCAUGUCUGAGAUGACAGGCCGAUCGCCGCUGAAAAGACGUCGAACAGAUAGCAGUGUUGACUUCACUCUAGUGCACGACUCGUCUCACAGCACUAGUGUUGACAUGCCUACAAGUCUUCUACUACUAUCUUGUCACACAAACCUUCUAAACCUCUGUCGAAAUACAUUUUCCGCCAUUCGAGCUGCGUUACUCGCCACACGCCGCCAGAUCAAUCUCUUCACGAUCUCGUUCCUCAACAUAGUUGACGUCUCCUUACCUCCCGAUCCGGAGCUGCAGAUCAUUGUCCUUAUUCAAGCUGUAAUUAGAAUGGUGGAUAGAAUUGGCCGUUUACUAGGCUACCCGAAUGAACGCGAGGGUGGCUCAGAUGGCGAUGGAUGCGAGAGCGAUACUCGCAGCAGUGUCAUCCCCCGGCACCUCCUGGAGCUGAUGCUGAAAAGCGAAGGAUGCGGAAAUGGCUCGGCAGAUAGAGCUGGGACUAAAGCGCUGAAGGAGGAGAUCCGAGGACUACAUGAGCUCGUAUACAAGCCAGUGUGAAGGAUGUCGAUGUGUGACAGCAUCGAGCGGCGUUGCGAGCAAAUAGAUCCUCAUACAUAUCGUUAAUAAGACAAUAGAUGUAUAAUCACCUAGUAGAAAGCUGACGAGUUGACUUCUUCGGCACUGAGUCUGGGCAAGAUACUCCUUCAGAACUCUAAUGCGCCUCCAGCUUAGUGAACACACACCACACUCGCAAG